GAGAGGAACGGGGAGGGGACAGGAAGGGGACAGUGACAAGGACGGGACGGGGGGGGACAGGGAGGGACAGGGCCAUGGCGCAGCCGAGCUUCAUCCCGCUCCUCGCCACUCUCCCAAUCCUUUUCCCGCUGGCGACGCCAUCAGACCUCGCUCCCCCCGCCCCCAACAUCACGGUGACGCCGCCCAAGACGCGGUUCCUCAUCGGCGACUCCGUGUCCAUCGCCUGCGCCGCGCCGGCCGGCUCCGACCGCGUCCAAGGCUUCCGCUUCACCAGCACCUCCGGCUGGGCCAUGGACGUCCUGACGUCCAAGCGGGCCUUCGUCCACACCAUCAUCAUCGCCGGCCCCCGCGACGGCGGCUUCCACUCCUGCUCCUACAGCGUCCUCCGGCGCGGCCGCGACAAACUCUACUCGCCGGCCAGCCGGGCCGUGCACAUCAACGUCCAAGACCGCCCAACCCAACCCAACCUGACGGUGAUGCCCUCCAGCGUCACCGUGGAAGGGCAGCCCCUUGUCUUCUUCUGCGUGGCACCGCCCAGCGCCGCCGCGCGCAGGUUUGGGUUCUUCCAGGAGGAGCUCGAGGUCACGGACUGGAUCCCGGAAGGUUCCGGAGCCGGCGGCGCCCGGCUGCGGGUGGAGAGGAGCGACCAGAACCGGACCGGGAACUUCAGCUGCCGCUACGAGGAGAUGACCGAGGGGCGUUGGAUCGCGUCCUACCCCAGCGACGCCGUCCAGGUGGUCGUCAAAGACCCGUGCCCGGCGCCUCUGCUGUCGGUGGAGCCGCCCUCGGGCGUGGUGGCCGCGGGCCACCGGCUGCGCCUGACCUGCGCCGCGCCCCGCCGCGACUUCCGGCGCCGCUUCCGCUUCUUCCGCGAUGGCGCCGAGGUGACGCCCGGGGACGUCGAUGACGUCACUGGUGACGUCACCGGUGACGUCACCGGGGACGGGUCCGAGCUGCUCUUCCCGCGGAUUUCCCCCGAAUUGGCCGGGAAUUUCAGCUGCCUGCUGGAGGAGGAGGUGGGCGGGGCCUGGCUGGAGGCUCCGCCCAGUCAGGGCGUGGCUGUUGUGGUCAGGGGGGGUUUCUCGCCCCCAGAGGAGUUCGACUUCCUCCCAUUGGUCAUCGGUGGCGUUGUGGGCGUGGCCUUGCUGCUCCUGGUGAUCUUAUUGGCUGCUUGGCUGUGCCGGAGGAGGAGGGGGCGCUCCCGCUGGCGGGGGCUGCGCCCCGGCGACGACACCGGGACCCUCCGCAUGGGGGACCUCGAGGUGGCCGCCUGAGCCAGGCCACGCCCACCAAGAUGGCCGCUGCUGCGCCCAGACCAUGCCCCCAAGAUGGCCGACAACUCGCAGACCACGCCCCCAAACGAUGCAGAGAACACACCCCCAAGAUGGCUGACAAUUCACAGACCAUGCCCCCAAGAUGGCCGACAACUUGCAGGCCAUGCCCCAAAAGUGGCAUCAAGACCACGCCCCCAAGAUGGCCGACAGUUCAAAGGCCACGCCCCCAACAUGGCUGACAAAAUAAAGGCCACGCCCCCAAUAUGGCCAGUGAGCCUGAGGCCCCGCCCCUAAAAUGGCGGCAGUGGGUGGGGCCAGGCCAAGGCAGCCAAUGGGGAUUGGCGGAUCCGA